AUGGAUGAGACGAGGGAAGGCGGGGGUUCGAGAUGGGACGGGAGCCACCUACAGGUCCAGCUGGUGGCGAUAGAACCAGGAGUAACAGACAAGCGGAAGUGUAAUGUACGUCUGAAUCCACCUGCUGCUGUCUUGCUGACUGGAACCUUCCUCGAUCCCUGUCAACCUUGCGUGCUCGGGCGACUGGAGGUAUCCUAUCUCAUCUUAACAAGUCCAUCUCUGAGUGAUCUGCCGGGACUUGCUCUAACAACCCGAUGCAUCGACGUCUGCGUCGACAGAAGAUCCCUCAAGUCGGAGCAGCGGGGUCAGGAGCAGACGCUGGAUCAGGAUCAGACGCAGGAGCAGGGGCAGACGCUGGAUCAGGAGCAGGAGGGGAGAGGGAGGCUCGAAGGAGAAGGGAAGGAGCAGGAUUGUCAAGUUGAUGGGGAAAUUUAUGAGGAGAAUGGAUUCACUUCCUUUCAGGUCGGAGGAGGCGACAGUCAAGGAGAGCCGGCGGCGAGUCGCGGGGUCGUGAGAAACGAGGAGGGGAGGGGAGCAGACGAGGAGCAGGGGGAGCACGGGCAGGGCGCACCGGGGGAGGGGCCCGUGUCGACGAGAGCCGCUGCGUCUCCUGACAGGAUCGAGGGGACACCCCCGACGCGGAGCAGGAGAAGCUCGGGGGUGUCCAGCUCAGCUGAGAAAUCAACGGGUCGGGCGAAGAAGAGUCCAGCUACACCCGGUCUGUCACCGGAUGGGGGUCUGGAUGAGAUACGACAGGGGCUGGCCAAGGCGGAGCUGAAGGAGAAGGAGGUAGAGGAAGUGAUAGAGAAGAUGAAGAGCCUUGGGGUGAGGGGAAAGAAAGACAUCAAGUUUGUGCGGGAGCUUAUCGAUAUCAAAACGCUCGACCUUACGGAGAUGUCCAAGUUAAGGGUUGAAAAGUAUCUAAAGAGGUUUGCCAGGAAGAAGAAGCCUGCCAGCCCUGGGGAAGAAGAGAGCUUGUUUCGAAGGUCGCUGAAGCAAUUUGACGUCCAUUUGAACGUGCAGUCUUGCAUGUUCAGUUCACGGAUGGCGGAGGACUUUCCAGGGUGGAACUUGCAGGAGGAAAAGAGCAUUGAGGAUCGGCAAAGAACUUCUGUCAACGAACUCUAUGAGAGGCUGAAAUCUUGUGACGACAAUCUAGAGGUUGACUUUCUCUACCUCCUCACAGUGUCAUGGUGUCUCUCACGUUGCGAUCCUGUGCUUGGCUUCAACGAGUUCCCCUACACCUGCGGAGGAAGUUUGAAGAGGGAGGAGUGGAGGAUCGAGCGAGAGGUGUGGUUCCUGCUGCGAGCUACGAGCGAGGGCGUCCCUCCCACGUACAUAGUCUUCCACCUCCUCUUCGCAGGCAUGUGGAGGGAGAGCAGGGAGGAAAGAGACUGCUCGGUCGUUGGCAAGGUCCGAAUGCGGAGCUCAACUAAGGUGAGAAGCAAGAAGCACUAUGUCAAGUGCACCGAUACCACCAAGUGGGACAGUGCUGGGGGCGGGCUGGACCUGCGCAGCAGCUCCAUGGCAAGAUGGAGGUGGAGAGAGGGAGCGGAAGGGGAGGAGAGCAUGGCCAAGGUCCGCGGCUGGCUGGUGCGGGCGGAGCAGGAGGCACCCUUUGCGCAAGCAGUGACCGUUGGCCCAUGUUGGAACCUCGCGGGGACGAGGAGGAGAGCAGCUCUGAUAGUCUGCAACCAAGCCUACCGCAGGGCAAGGUGCUUCCCCGAGCUGUACAACCCCGUCCCUGAUGGGCGACAGCUGGGGGAGGUACUGGAGGAGCUAGGAUGGAAGGUGGAGUUCAGGGUCGACCUGAACCUUGAGGAGCUGGUCGGUGCCGUCCGCUGCUUCCGGGACGCGAUCGGAGACAACGAGAGCGCUGCUAUGCUCGCGUUCGUGGGUCAUGGAGUGGAGGUGCACGGAAAGCUGUUCCUCCUCCCCACCGACAUCCAGCUCGAAGUCGACAACUACUUCCAGAGGGAAAAAGACCUUGCGGCCGACCUUGCUCGCUGCUCCCUCUCCUUCGAUGCUGUUCAGUCGGAGCUCCGGGGCCGCAACGGGACCUGCCCGACCCUCUUCGUGCUGGACUGCUGCCGGAGCAGCAACAACAGCCGGUCCCCCAUCUUCCAACCCUCGACGACAGUUCAGAACCUUGAGCUGAAAAACUCCUGUAUCAUCUACUCAACCCAGUCGGGCCAGGUGGCGCUGGAGGGGGCGCCGGGGGACGGGGGCCCGUUCAUGUCGGCGUUUGCGGGUGAGCUGAGAAAGGAGGAGGCGGAGCUGAACCAGGUCUUGAUCGAGACUAGAAAGAUCGUUAUGAACAGCACAGGGGGAGCGCAGAUGGCGCCGAAUCAGUCGCUGCUCCUAGAGCAGUUCUUCUUCUGCCCUCCGGAGAUAGCCGCCUGCCUCUGA